UUCACAACACAAGAGACGAGUAGAGAAGGAAACGAUAAAAUAAGUGAUAGUGGCAGCGGGAGGGAGAGAAUAAGAAGAAGAACAAGAAGAAGAAGAAUUGAAUUGAUUGUUAGAAAGUUCGAGAAGAGAAGGGAAUCGUGCCGUGUGGAUUGAGUUGUGUGUUUCCGAUUUGAAACAAAUCGUGGAGAAACAACAAAAAUGGCAGAUGUAGCUGAUAAAUUGGCGUAUUUUCAAGCGAUCACGGGUUUAGAAGAUCCAGAGCUAUGCACGGAAAUCCUCGCCGCUCAUGGCUGGGACCUCGAACUCGCAAUCUCCUCCUUUACCUCAACUUCUAACCCCGCCGUCGCUGACGAUGCCGACACCGACACUCACACAUAUCAUCAUCGUGAUGUUCAUGAUGCUCCCUCUUCCAAUCUACAAUCAGAAUCGCCUCCGCCUCCGCCUCCUCCCGGUUUGGCUUGGAAGCUCAUCAAGUUACCCGUUUCCGUCAUUUCCGGCAGUCUAGGGUUAAUUUCCGGCGCUAUCGGCUUGGGCUUAUGGGCCGCCGGUGGCGUCCUUUCUUACUCGCUCGGCUUCAUAGGCUUCGGCUCAAACGCCGCCUCAUCGUCCUCCUCCGCCGGGACCCCGUUGGUUUCGGUGUCGACUGCGACGGCCGAGGCGAUGGAUUUCGUGGCGGCGUUCGAGAGGGAUUACGGGACGACCAGGCCUAAUUUCGUGAGCGAGGGGUUCAUGGACGCUCUUCAGAGGUCGAGGAAUUCGUUUCAGCUUCUCUUUGUUUACUUACAUUCCCCCGAUCAUCCCGAUACGCCGUCGUUCUGCCAGAGGACGCUUUGCUCCGACACUUUUGCCGCCUUUGUCAACGAGAAUUUCGUGUCGUGGGGUGGGAGCAUUCGCGCUAGCGAAGGUUUUAAGAUGAGUAACAGCUUGAAGGCUUCUCGAUUCCCCUUUUGUGCUCUGGUCAUGGCCGCCACCAAUCAGAGAAUUGCGCUGCUUCAACAGGUUGAAGGUCCAAAAUCUCCCGAGGAGAUGAUAGUGAUACUACAGAAAGUGCUUGAAGAAAGUUCCCCAGUUCUUGUUACAGCAAGGCUUGAUGCAGAAGAAAGAAGAAAUAAUAUGCGCUUAAGGGAGGAGCAAGAUGCUGCAUAUAGGGCUGCGCUUGAAGCUGAUCAAGCUAGGGAACGGCAGAGGAGAGAAGAGCAAGAACGUCUUGCAAGGGAAGCUGCUGAAGCUGAGAGGAAGCUCAAGGAGGAAGAGGAGGCCCGGGAAAGAGCAGCACAAGAAGCUGCAGAGAAACAAGCUGCAUUAGCUAAAAUACGUCAAGAUAAAGCUGUCUCUCUUGGUGAAGAACCUGAAAAAGGACCUAAUGUUACCCAGGUUUUGGUACGGUUCCCAAAUGGUGUACGCAAGGAAAGGAGGUUCAACAGCACAGUGACAAUUCAGUCUUUAUAUGACUACGUUGACUCAUUGGGUUGUUUAGAAACCGAGAGUUACAGCCUAGUCUCCAAUUUUCCUCGGGUUGUUUAUGGACAAGAAAAACUGACACUGCCAUUGAAGGAAGCAGGAUUGCAUCCUCAGGCCAGCCUGUUUGUGGAGCUCAGUUCAUGAGAAUAAAACUUUGCCAAAUAAUUGUAUGAAUUCAUGAAGAUGGCCUGCAAAUAGGAAAUUCUGUUGUGUUUCACUUUUCUGUUUAAAAAAAAAGUGACUUGAUGAACAAUUAUAUCGGAUGUAAUAGGCUGUCGUGCUGUCUGUAGAUUUGUUGCCCUUAUUUUCCAUUGAAUCAAGCAGAUAGUUUUACA